GCGCGAUCCACGCCGACUCCUGACCAUGGCGGCCAGCCCGCCAAAGAAGCCAUGGCGCUUCUUCUUUGUCCUUGUGUUUCCCAACAGCAUCAAGAUGCCACCGGAAGAGCUCAAGAGCAUGGUGACGCGCACGCAUGCCAUGGAGGCCAAGGAGCUGGCAUUCCUAAAGGGCAUCGCCGCCCAGCACCCCCGCAACAACCUGCCGCCGUUCGUGUCGCCGUUCGUUGCCGUCUUCCAGACAUUGCUGCGUCGCACCACCGGCCUCUCGCUUCUCUGCCUCCUUGGCGUCGCUGCGGGCCUCGCCUAUCUGCACACCGCGUCGGCGUACAGCAUUUAUUUCCCGCGCUGGCUUUUGCUCGUGCUUUUGCUGCUGCUCGUCGUGCUAGGCAUCACGCCCUUCCUUGGCUAUAAAGGUGCCGCGUCAGCCAACUGGUCCUACUUGACGUCGUUUGAGCGGGCGCUCGUGGGGUUCCUUCUUGGCCUUUGCCUUGGCAUCUACGCCCUCGAGCUUUUUCACCGCGACAUGGAGAACGCGCUCAUGACGUACUCGAACGAGACGCACGCGUACACUUUGUAUCGACCGAGUUUCUUCUUGAACGACUCGGACGCGACGCCGCCGCUCAACAUUACGUCGUUUGUCCAAGCCGAGUUUGGCAAAGUCCUUCUCGAGUUUCUCCAAGACCAGUUUGAGACUAUGUUUCCGCAAAGCAGCAACAGCACGACAUCUGGUAGCUAUGAUGCAAGUUUGCCGACCAUCGUUGCGCCCUCCAGCGCAACCACCGACGACCAUGCAUUUGCGAUCACGGACCCGCUUCCUUGGCUCUCGUACCAAGCCAAUGCACUGUUGUAUCCACCGCCUGUCACCGAGACACCCGAGUGGAUGAAGACGUGGGUGCACGACGUGUGCAUGCCGGCGUCGCCCGUGAACGCGAGUUACUUGGAUGGGAAUGUUGUCGUGCCGAUGGACCCCACCUUUGCGUCGUGCUUGCGCCCGAUUCUGAGCAUGCUUGUGGAUGCCACAUAUGUGCUUCAAGUCGCGCUACUCUCGCUAAGUGCCCUACUACUACUCGAAUGGACGGCACUGCUUCUACUCAAGUGGCUCGAUCCAACGUGUCCCACGACAGCCAUUGCCACCGCGACCAAGAAGGUGGCCGCGUCGUCCGGGUCCGUCGUCCACCUUCUUCAUGUGCUCUUGAUUCUCUUUGGUCUAUGCGCCCUUGGGGUUGCAGCAGCCCUUCUCUACGCGGUGGCCCUCGAUGCGUCGUCCAUGCACGGUCGCCCGAUUGACACGUCCCACGUAAUCGUGUGGUCGUUCACGGGCGCGUUUCUAGUCUACAGCACGAGUGUGACGGUGUCGGGUCUUCUCGGGUGCUCGCCGCGCUUUCGCCGCGCGCAGACACAUGCGCUUGUCCUUGCUUUCUGUCUGCAGUCCAUCUCGAUUGCCGUCCUCUACAUCGUGCAUACCGACACGGCGACGAUCAUUCGUCACGACUUGCACGACGAUGGGGGGUGGCACCAAGUGUAUGUCCAUGCGCUCUUGCAGUACAUCCUCGAUGCGCUUCAGCGCUCGCACUCGACGGUGCUUCUCGACUUUCUCGAAAACGAGUGUCAACUCUCCAUGACAACGAUCGACGACAUGAGCGACACGUGCAAGCUCACGGUCGCCACAAUGCUCAACGAGUAUGUGCACGGUCUCUUAUGCGUCUGUAUCGGGCUCUGGGGCAUCGAGCUCGCGCUCUUUCUGAAAAAUGUCUAUGUUCUCUACCUUCGGGCGUGGGGGCGCCGUCUCCUCGGCAAAAAGCCCGGCGAGAAGCGCGCACGCAAGCACAAACCACACGCGACAAGCCAUUUUUCCGAGUCGCUCCAAGAAGCGUCGUUGCCGUUUGCGUCGGCGCUGACCUUGUACCUGCAUUCAGUUCCGGCGGGUGGGAAUGCCGACGUCGCCAAGCACGCCUUCACGUCCGAGUGGCUUUCGCGGACAGGCGCCAGCAGUGUACACGACGCCGAGAUGAUGUUGACGAGCGAGUUUGAGUCCAUUGUGCGCGUGCUCGUUCUCGAGCGCCUCGUCACCGUCUGUGGUCUCGAGAUCAACGUCUCUAUAUCCAAAGACGGCAAGAAAAUAUACUUUAAACUCUCGGCGUCGCGUCGGCUGAUCGCAACGGAAGCCGAGCGCCGCAAGUACAAGCUGCCGUUCCAAGAUGCGGUGGACCCGGGGCCGAAUUUUUGGACGCCACGCGAAGUCGCCACCGACCGCCGCGUCUACGAUCCGCAGACGGCAAAGCAAAAGUUGUGCUCGCUCUAUGGCCGCAACUUGCUCUUGGCGACCGAGAACCAGUUUUUUGCCCAUGAAUCAUUGGCGCAGAUUGCACGCCGCAUCAAUGUCCACCAACGUGCGGCCGACUUGGCCGAUGACCCCCCACUACCGCUGGGACAGAAACCAAAGAAGAAAACACUCAAGAAGCCAGCACGCGUGCCGUACAUGUACCCGACGUAUGGCACGUACUACAAGAAGCCGAGUCUGCAGUACCUCUACAAGCGGCAUCCCAACCAGCUCGACUUGCCGACGGUCGAAACGUCCCCAUCUGUGUUUCAGACUACCGACAUUUUACGACUCGUCGACCGCAUCGUGCAAGAUGAACUCGAUACGACGGCCAUGGUGGACUCCGGUGUCCUCGAGGGCUAUUCGUGUUUGCAUGCCGCGAGUUGCUUUGAAUGGACGAACCUCGAGAGUCUCAAGACGCAAUGGCUCACGUACUGGCGACCGCGUCAGCUCCCAGGCGAGCCGGACCCCGACACGGCGUGCUUUCGCAACUUUUUCUAUCGGAUUUACCCGUUCCGGCAGCCGCUCACGGCCGUGCGCGAGUACUAUGGCGAGCAGAUAGCCUUGUACUUUUUCUGGCUUGGCUUUUACGCCCAGUGCCUCCUCCUCCCGGUGGUCUUUUCCCUUAUCUACAUUGUGUGGCACCACGGCGACUACCACGGGUACGCAACGUACAUCGCAACGACGUCGAACGGCACGUCGCACAUCGAGUGUACGCUCGACGCCACGUACCUCGGGCUGUGCAUUCUGCUCUGGGCUUUUGGCUACGCCAAGCUCUGGCAGCGCAAGCAGCAUCUGACAACGGUCGCGUGGGGCAUGGAUGGCUACGUCGAAGAGCAGCAAGUGCGUCCUGCGUUCUACGGCAUCUCGGAGCGGCGCAACCCCAUCACGAACGAAAUCGAGCGCUUCUUCCCAACCCAUCUUCGCGUGCAACUGCAAGCCGUGUCGUUGGCCGUGAUCGCCGCCGUUCUCUGGGCUUACUACCUCGUCAUGGUGUCGCUCUACAGUCUCCAGCCGACGUUUGUGCGUGUCGCGGGACCGUUUUACGGCACGACACUCGUAUCAAUAUGUCAAGUCGGCGUUGUCAAUCUGUGCGCAAAGCAAACGUCCCGCAUGGCGUUUUGGCUCACAGAGAAGGAAAAUUACAUGACGCAGUCCGAGUACGAAGACAAUGUUGUCCUCAAGAUCUUUUUGAUGCAAGGCAGCAUCUACUACUCGGCGCUGUUCUUUACGGCCUUUCUAAAACACCACACCCUCGGGUGCUACGACGUGUCGAGGACGAGUUUUGGCGCGCCUUCGGCAACGAACGCCACCAUCUAUGGACCGACGAGCAACUGCCUCCCCGAGGUCGAGAACCUCUUGCUGUGCCUCUUCCUCUACCGCAUGGGGAAGAACGCACUGCACAUUGCGCUGCCGCUGCUACGGUAUCUUCGGAGCCUCAGCGCCAAGGCCGAGGACGAGGUCCUUGACGAAGUCGAGGCUGAGCUAGCGCUUUCUCCGCUGGACAACAUGUACGAGGACUAUGCCGACAUUGUCGUGCAGUUUGGCCUCGUGACGCUCUUUAUCUUUGUCGCGCCCAUCGCGCCCAUCUUGGCGUUUUUAGAGAGCGCGAUUCAGCUGCGCUUGGAUGCCUUCCACCUCUGCUGCACGAUGCGUCGGCCGCUGCCGAUGGAGGCCGAGGACAUUGGCACGUGGUUCACGUACAUCAUGCUCCUCUCGCGGCUUUGCAUCCUUACGAACCUCGGGUUUCUCUUCUUCGCCGCCUCCAACUUUGCCGACUUUUCGCCCCACGAACGCACAACGCUGUACCUUUUGUGCGUCGCGCUCAGCCUCGCGCUCUUUGAGUGCGCAUGGAUGGCAGUGCCCGGCGAACCCGCGCUCAAGCAAGUGCUCCUGGCUCGCCACGACUUUAUUCGCCAAAAGUACUUUUUCGCGCCGUCGGCUGCGUCUUCUGCGUCGACACCCGAGAAGCCGCUGACAACCACGUCCGAGCUCAUGGCGUCGGUCCAGGCGUAUAGCGCCGACACGCUCCAUGCGCUACAUGCGCGCGCCGAGCUCCUCGACAAGUUCAACCACCUCUUUGCACCCCUCGCAAAUACGACGACCGUGGCCUCAAUACCGCCACCGAGAACGACCUCGGCGACCGAUUUGCGGGAAUCCAAUAUGCUGCAGCGCACGUCGUCCGUGGCGUUGGCGCCACUGGACCUCUCGGGCAUUGACGCGAUUCGUGAAGCUGUUCGACGGAGCGACGAGUCGUUCUUGGACGACGAUGCGCCUGACUGGUACUUUGCACCGACGAAGAGCGCGCCGCCGCCGUGGCGCCGUGCCGAGUCGUCCGUGCACCCGCAUCGGUCCAACGCCCUCUCCUUUAUGGACGAAGAAGCCAACGAAGAGGCGAGCGAAUGCGAAUCCGACGACAACGACGAGGGACCUUUUGUGUUUGAGGACGACGACGACGACCUCGUGGAUCUCAUGUAAAGUAGAUAUGUCAUCAUGAUUCAUUCGACGUAGAGUGAUGAAUCGUUGGAUGCAAUGGC